AUGGUUAAUGUCAGUCGAGAUGAUUAUCAUAUUGUUUUAAAGUGCUAUUUGGAAUUAUCGUGUCUAUAUCUAAAAGCUUGGAAAAAUUAUCAAGAGUCAAUGAAGCAAUGUAUCGAUGCAUUGGAACUUUACCGAAACGACGACGUUGACAAUCUUUUUGAAUGUUACAAAUGUUUAGCCAAUACAUUUGAAAAACAAUAUUUAGAACAAACGAGUGAUUCGGCACCCACGCCAAGUCCUUCUUCAUUUCACCGUACUUCGAUUUUUCCUGUUGUACGAACAAUCAUUGAAAAUUUCAUUGAUCGUGCUGAUUGGAAGACGGUUAUUAUCCUUUUCGAGCACUUGAUUCAAACAAUCCUUAAAGAACACAAUGAUCAUCUCGGUGUUGAUAAAGAAUUUCAAAAGGUUCUCGACAUUUGUAAGAAUCUCGACGAUUCAAUUUCGGUUGAAACAUAUUCAUCCUAUCUAGAAAUCAUGUUGCGGUAUCGAUGCAUAUCACAUCAUGCUCAACUCUCUGCUAUUGAGCCACCCUUUUGUCAAGUCUUGAGUAUUUAUAAAGCAUAUAACAAUACGCGACGAGUAAUAUGUACUUAUCGAAAGUUUCUGGAAUUGAUUAUCAGUACUAUAACAAAUUAUGCUACGUUCGUAGAUGCCGUUCAGCAUCUGGCUCUUGAUCUAGAAACAGUUCAACUCGUAAAUGAAGCCCUCGGCAUGCAUAUGCGAUUCGCUCGGUUUAUUCUGACGUGUAAUACGAAAGAAACGAUACUGAAAGUUGGUUUCAUCAUUGUACGAUAUCGAUUGCUUGCAAAAAACGGAGCUCAGUUCAAUAUUAAUUAUCAACAGGCAAUAAUAGAGUUAAUGAAGCAUUAUCGUAAUAUAGUCGAAUCACGAUUUAUUAUUGACGAUUUUCUAAAGACGUUAAAGACUUAA